AUGUUAAAUAUAACAGGUAUCAGGGGAAGUUUGACCUCUCCUGGUUUCCCUGGUAACUAUCCAAACAACGUCAACUACACGUGGAUUCUGAAUACUGGACACGUCAACGCUACCGCUGUAUUUUUAUUUGACUUUAUGAAUAUUUUUCAACAUCGUUUCACCUUCUCCUGCACUGAUGAUUUCGUGAAGGGAACAGAAAUAGAUCCGUGCUGUUUUGACGCGAUGACCAUAUGUGGUGAAUAUGGCCCUUUUUCCUUGACUGUGAGGGGUAGAUUGAUAAGAAUCAAUUUUGUCUCUGAUGAAUGGUACACAGCAAAAGGGUUUAGUCUAGCAUGGAUAGUCAGUCGACCGGAAGUAAUCAAGAUUUCCACACACGCAACAAAAUCCAUCACAAAAACACAAAAGUCUACACCAAGAACAACGAAACUCCCUUAUCGAACAACAUUGACUUCCAGGAAAACAACAAAAGACACCAUAGGAACAACAGAAAGCAUCACACGAACAACAAGAAUGCAAAGAAAAUCAACAAUGAAAAAUACAGCAAAGAAUCCACUUUGUAAUUUAUAUGACACCAAACAAGGUAACCAUAUUCUCAAAAGGAAUCUGGGUUGUUUACAUUUAAUACACCUUUGAUUGACUAUUAAAAAAAUUAUCUGCAUGAUACAGCAACUAAUCUUUGCAUUUAAAACAAUGUAAACGCAAAAUAUUUAUGGAUUGUUUGUUCUGUAAAAAUGAGUUUGAAAUCCUUUUUUCCGAUCGAUUACAACAUCUUAACGUAUCUUUUGCUGAUAAGGAUAAUACGAAUUGUAUUCAAUCUCAAAGAUUUAUUCACAAAAUAAAACCAAGAGCAGAGCAAACCGGACAUCUAAAACAUCAUAGUAGGGAAAGGUCUUAUAUAACUGUUUAAUAUAAUGUAUGCAUGUUGCUUGUUUUACAAGCUGACAAGGUAUUGAAUGAUCACGUAGCACACAUACAUAACUUCUUACCUUAUUAGCGUAAAUUGGAACAAUUCGGAGAUUAACAUAAUAAAAUAUGAAGAAAAUCCGUAAAAGUCCGACCAGCUUUCCUUGCGAGAACUAGAUAUAAGACCAACAUACGAGAAGUGAAAAUCGAGAGAAAUAUUCAACAUGAGAAAAAGGUGAAGCUUUGUGUUUUUUCGAUUUAAAAAGGUUUUAAAUUGCAAAACGUUAAAAAGCAAACGUUUAUGUACUUGAAAAAUGAAAGUAGAUAUGCAAUAUUUCAUUCUGUAAAGUGUUAUUGUACUUAAAAGCAUUAUAACACGCCUCUCGAUUUGGUCAACACAUAUCCACGAAGGAGGGAGUAAUUGUGUCGGUCAAGAUCAACCCACAUACACUGAAUUAGUGAACAAAACACUCGUACCAUGAAUGCAGGUUCUGGAGUCCAUGGGAUUCAAGGACAAGGAUCGCGUAGAUGGCAAAAAAAACAUAACAUUUUCUUAAGGACAUUGGCAACGUUUCUGGCUUUCGUUUUCAAGAGAUAUUCUUAUCAAGAAUAACGCUUGCUUUCAGUUGGGUAUGUAUUCAUUCUUCAAUUGAUAUUGAUUGGAAUGUUCAUAUAUGUACCAUAGCUCUACUUGGAUUGAAAUCAAAGAAAACGACGUGAGUAGUAGAAGAACGUCUGCUGAAAUAUCACCAAGAUUUAUAGCUGAUAUUGCCUGUUUUCAAUGAAAGAAAGAAAAAAAUGUUUUCUUACUUAACAAGGCGCGAUCAACUUGAUCUGCGCAUGCGGUUUCAUGCAGCGCCAUUUCAGGCAUAAUCACAGUACACAGUACACAAUUGAAAUGACGUCAAAUUGCGCUAAAAUGUUUUUGGAAAUCUCGCAUACCUGGUAGCUCUAUAGACUGUGCAUUUUUGAAAAGCUCGCUCAUUCUGGCAUCUUCUGGAACAUAAUUUAUUUUU